AUGGACUCAGGAGGUGGCACUAGGUUCGACACGUCUAAGAACUUCUUCAAUGUAAUCAAUGGCAAAACCCGAUCAAGCUCGCGAGCGAGUCAAGGCACAAAUCCAUCCACCAUGGAACAACUCCCAGACGUCCCCAUCGCAUCUUCACUAGAUCUAGACGAGGCCGUACGUGGAUCCAGAGCGGCAUUCGCUGAAUGGUCCACGAUUCCAGUGGAGAGAAGGAAGGCAUUAGUGAAGUCGUUCGCUGAUACAUUGGAGGCACAUUGCGAACCAUUUGCUCAUUUGCUGACGCUGGAGCAAGGAAAACCACUUCGAUUCGCUCGGGCAGAGAUCAACAACGGCGUCUUCCGAGCGCGAACGCUGUGUAACUUGGACUUAAAGGAGGAGAGCAGAUUCGAAGAUGAAAAACGCAGAGCUAUCUUGUCGUAUGCUCCUCUCGGAGUGUGUGCUUUGAUUGUUCCGUGGAAUUUUCCCAUUUCUUUAAGCACUCAGAAGAUUGCUUCGGCAUUGGUGACUGGAAACACCAUUAUUCUGAAGCCGUCCCCUUUUACACCAUACUGUGGAUUGAAACUAGGCGAGCUGGCCCAGCAAAUCUUUCCACCCGGUGUUUUUCAGGUUCUCAACGGCGAUCAUGAACUGGGCCCUUGGAUCACAGCUCAUCCUGGAAUUGACAAGAUCAGUUUCACGGGAUCAAUUCCGACAGGCAAGAAGGUCAUGGAGAGUGCGAGUCGAACUCUAAAACGUGUGACUCUGGAGCUAGGUGGUAAUGACCCCUGCAUUAUAUGCGACGAUGUCGAUAUCGAGGAAACUGUCGCCAAGGUGGCUAUUAUAUCCCUCUUGAAUUCAGGCCAGAUCUGUAUUGCGGUCAAGCGAAUUUAUGUUCAAGAAAACGUCUACGAUCGGUUUCUUGAUGCUUUUGUGAAUUAUGUGAAAGCACUCAAGCUUGGGGACGGAUUCGAAGAAGGGGUAUUCAUUGGGCCCCUCCAGAACGAGCAACAAUACGAGAUUGCAAAAAGAUUCCUCUCAGAUAUCGAGAGCCAGAAUCUGAAAGUUGCCCUCGGUGGCUCGGUCAAUGUGAUUGGAACCGGGCUUUUCAUCACUCCGACAGUGGUGGAUAGGCCGCCCGACACAUCUGAUCUGGUGAAAGAAGAGCCUUUUGCACCAAUUAUACCAUUACUCUCCUGGAAGAAUGAAGAGGAAGUUGUCUCCCGAGCAAAUGAAACUAAAACUGGCCUUGGAGGUUCCGUCUGGUCUAAAGACAUCGCUCGGGCCACCAGGAUUGCACGAAAGUUGCAAGUUGGAACCACUUGGAUCAACGAGCAUGGCGCCCUUGACCCUCGGGUACCCUUUUCAGGCUUGAAGGAGAGUGGAUACGGAACAGAACUAGGUCUUGAAGGACUCAAAGCAUUCUGUAACAGCAAGGUGAUUUUCAUUCCAAAGUAA